AUGAGGAGCUUCUUCACCACGUUGUCCUUCGCCUUGGCGGCUUUGUUGCUCCUUGUUGGCCAUGUGUCAGCACGGGACCUCAGCAAUUCUACGCAUUUUGUGGAUCCGACGACGAAUUUCACCAUUCAACAUUUCGACUGCGAUGUCAACCGCGGCCAGGCGUCGGAGCAUUUCAACAAGACCGUUGCAUUCCUCCAUCGCAACACGAGACGUCCUGGACAGGUUGGUUCCCGCUCUGCGGCCCUUGUGAAGAAGCAGACCGUCAGCCCUGCCAUCACUGUUCCGGUGUACAUCCACCUUAUCACUACCACGGCCAAGCAAGGUACUUUGACUCAAACGGCUGCUACGGCGCAGGUCGCGGCUCUCAACACGGUUUACAACAAGUAUGGCAUCACGUUCAACCUGCAAAACGUCACCACCGACGCCAACGAUGCCUGGGCCGUUGCCGAGGGCAGCGAUAUGGAUGCUCUCAAAGCCGCUCGUCGCUAUGGUUCCUACUCCGCCCUGAAUCUGUACUUCCACACCGAUCUCUCCGGCGGUGUCCUCGGCACCUGCACCCUCCCCUCGCAAGUCACGGACCCGAAAGAUCCGUCGCAGUACGUCUCCGACGGCUGCAACGUCAACGCCGCCACGAUGCCCGGCGGCUCGAUGACGGGCUACAAUCAGGGCAUGACUGCCGUGCACGAGACGGGGCACUGGCUCGGACUGCUGCACACGUUCGAGGGAUACUCGUGUACCGGCGAUGGGGAUUCGAUCGCGGAUACACCGCAGCAGAGCACCUCGACGGAUGGAUGUCCGACUUCGCCGGUCAAGGAUAGUUGUCCCGCGGUUGCUGGUGUCGACCUCAUUCACAAUUAUAUGGACUAUUCCUCCGAUGCGUGUUAUGAGAGUUUUACGCCGAACCAGGUCACGAGGAUUCAGAGUAUGUGGCAGGAGUACAGACAGGGCAUGUAA